AUGCUGGUAAUUAUCCGGCACGACCCUGCUGGGGGCAACGCUGCGGUGCGCGUAGGGGGUGCCGUUCAGAAAGGCGUAGGUGGCGCCGUCGGCGCCGAAGCCGUCGAUGUGCUGAUAGGCGCCGUCGGGGGUGAUGAGGGUGGGCACGGCGUUGAAGGAGGCGCCGGAAGCGUGCGCUUGGAACAUGGGGUUGACGCCGCCGAUCCAGGUUUGGGUUUGGUCGUUGUAGAAUUUUGUGAAGAAGUCGGUGGGGGCGACGUUGCCGAAGCGGUAGUAUUCGGUGAAGAUGGCGCGCGGCAGGGAGUCGGGGAUGUGGUAGGUUCCUAG